AUGAUGAAUUUGACCUUGAUGACACCGUCGAGGGGAACAAUGUCCUCAGGAAAGCAUUCAGGAAGCCCUUCGUGUCGUGGUGACCGAAGUCGUGCAGCAGCUCAGCAGGGUGGACGGGAGCCCUCCGAGGCGCCCGCGGAGCCCCGGUCAGAGCCUGAGGAGCUGUGGCGCCUUUACCAGCUGGGCUCACUCUCGGCCUCUGUGGACCCCUGGGCUGACUCCGGGGAACACAGAUGCUGGGAAGGCGUGGGAACGCGCGGGAGCCGGAGGGUACCACGCUGCUGGAGUGUCUCUGCUUUUUCUCUCUCCGUUUUCCCUUCGUGCCUCCCCUCUGGCUGUGGCCUGGAAGGGGAGGGUGGGCUGGCAGGUGAGGUGGAAGCCUUGGAAAUGAGAGAUGGAGCAGGCUUCGAUGUCCUCAGUUUUUUUUUUCUUAAUCAUUUUAUUUUUGGCCACACUGUGUACCAUGAGGAAUCUUAG